GCGAGGCGGGCGGAGAAGGCGCGGCGCGGUAGUCCCGUUAGAAGCAGCGCGGAACCCGCCGAGAUCCCCAACCGGCGCAGGAGGAGCGACCCGCCGUGCCCUAGUCCGCCGGAAAGAUGCCGAAAACGAUCAGUGUGCGUGUUACCACCAUGGAUGCUGAGCUGGAGUUUGCCAUCCAGCCCAACACUACAGGGAAACAACUCUUUGAUCAGGUCGUCAAGACGAUUGGUCUAAGGGAGGUCUGGUUCUUUGGACUUCAGUAUCAGGACACCAAGGGCUUCUCCACGUGGCUGAAACUGAACAAAAAGGUAACAGCACAGGAUGUACGCAAAGAAACCCCCCUGCUUUUCAAAUUCCGUGCCAAGUUCUACCCGGAGGAUGUGGCAGAAGAGCUGAUCCAGGACAUCACGCAGCGCCUUUUCUUCCUUCAAGUGAAAGAGGCAAUUCUGAAUGAUGACAUUUAUUGCCCUCCAGAAACAGCUGUCCUUCUGGCUUCUUAUGCCGUCCAGUCAAAAUACGGAGACUUCAACAAAGAGGCGCACAAGUCUGGCUACCUUGCUAACGACAAACUGCUCCCACAGAGAGUUCUGGAGCAGCACAAACUUAACAAGGACCAGUGGGAGGAGAGGAUCCAGGUGUGGCACGAGGAACAUCGAGGAAUGAUUAGAGAAGAUGCUGUCUUGGAAUACCUGAAAAUUGCACAGGAUCUGGAAAUGUAUGGUGUGAACUACUUCAACAUUAAGAACAAGAAGGGCUCUGAACUCUGGCUAGGUGUAGAUGCUCUUGGACUCAACAUUUAUGAGCAGAAUGACAGGCUAACACCGAAAAUUGGAUUCCCUUGGAGUGAGAUCAGAAAUAUCUCAUUCAAUGACAAGAAAUUUGUUAUCAAGCCUAUUGACAAGAAAGCACCAGAUUUUGUAUUCUACGCCCCACGGUUACGGAUUAACAAACGGAUCUUGGCACUUUGCAUGGGGAACCAUGAGCUCUACAUGCGCAGACGUAAACCAGAUACCAUUGAGGUGCAGCAGAUGAAAGCACAGGCUCGGGAAGAGAAGCAUCAGAAACAGAUGGAGAGAGCCCUGUUGGAGAAUGAGAAGAAGAAGAGGGAGUUGGCAGAAAAGGAGAAGGAGAAGAUUGAACGUGAGAAGGAGGAGCUAAUGGAGAGGCUCAAGCAAAUUGAGGAGCAAACCAAGAAAGCUCAGCAAGAACUGGAAGAACAGACCCGCAGAGCUAUGGAGCUGGAACAGGAGAGAAAACGAGCUCAGGAGGAAGCAGAGAAGCUGGCUAAGGAACGUAGAGAAGCAGAAGAGGCAAAGGAGGCCCUAUUGAGAGCAUCCCAUGAUCAACAGAAGACCCAGGAACAGCUGGCUGCUGAGAUGGCAGAACUCACAGCCAGGAUCACGCAGCUGGAGCUGGCCAGGCAGAAGAAAGAGAGUGAGGCCCAGGAGUGGCAACAGAAGGCUCAGAUGGUGCAGGAGGACCUAGAAAAGACCAAAGAGGAGCUGAAGACUGCCAUGAGCACCCCUCACGUCACUGAACCCAUGCAUGCUGAGAAUGAGCAUGAUGAUGAGCAGGACGAGAACGCGGCAGAAGCCAGUGCUGAGCUGCGGUCAGAGGCCACCAUCAAGGACCGCAGCGAGGAGCAGCGCACCACUGAAGCAGAGAAGAACGAACGGGUCCAGAAACACUUGAAGGCUCUUUCCUCAGAGCUGGCAAACGCUCGGGAUGAAACCAAGAAGACAGCCAACGAUAUGAUCCACGCUGAGAACAUGCGUCUAGGCCGAGACAAGUACAAGACCCUCCGUCAGAUCCGGCAGGGCAACACCAAGCAGCGCAUCGAUGAGUUUGAGUCCAUGUAAACUCUCCCCCCAGCACCUGCAGUCCUGCACUCUCUUCUCCCCUCUUUCCCAUCCUCUCCCAUCAUUCACUCGUAAUCGUGCUACGCUGGAACCACUACAGAAGAGUGACCAUGGUCUUAUUUAUCGAGUUUUGGGCAAACGCUGGAGUUAAGCAACAGGAGAAAAAAAAAAAAGAAUAGUAUUUACAUCUUCUUGGGGUGGCUUGGGAAAGCAAACAUGUAUUGGGGCAAAUCUGAAAUUGUUUGGCUUUGGAUAAAGUCUCGCUGCAUUUAGUUUUGUAUUGCUUACUGAAGUGGCUGUGGUGCUGUCCUCUCCUCUGGGGUGGGGAGGCCAGCAGAUACUUUUGCUGACUUAAGUACAGUAAAGUGCUAACGGUUUGACACUGUGCCUUCCUACUAACUUACGCAAGCUUCAGUAUUAAGCUUAGUAGCCAGGGUCUGAAUUUCUGACUUAAUACAGGGUCUGAAUCAUGUAGUUGAGAAGACGAGGCUGGAGCUUAGGAAGAAGGGUUGGAGGUAAAUUGUGGACUUUCGUUCUCAAAGACCAAAGCUUUUGUCCUUCAAACAUAAGCAGACCAAACAGAUACUGUGGCGUUCCUGCUGGUGUUACCUUUUGUUGUUUAAUGAUGGGAUUUUGAAUUUCCGAGUCACGAGGCAGCCUUUGGAAUAUUUCCACUGACACAGUGGUGGUUUGGAGCCUCGACUUCUCUGCUUUCCAGAAGUUUUGUCUCUGGUAAAUGGCUGUGUUCGCUGUCAUUUAUCUGACUUGAAUGUAACCAGUGAGGCAGAGAUAGCUAAAGAGCCCUGCCUUCCUUUUUGGGUUUGCCAGUGGAAACCUAAAGGGGUAGGUAGACAUCUAAAAGACUAAAAAUUCCUGCAACUGUAUUUUCCCUUGCUGAACCAGUACAUUUCUAGUCAUGUGAAUAGGAUUUCAGGUUUUUCCAUAAGAGGCCUUUUUAGCACAUAGUCAUUGGUGCCUUAUGACUGUGUAUAGAUCUACUGUAGCUCAGAUGUCUUUAGUUUAAACUAGAUGCAAUCAUAAAAAGUGAUCAGCAGCUGGGGACCAAAAACUACUCUUGUAUCUGGGUCACGUACAAGACACUGCAUCUGUCUUCCUGGCCUCGAGCAGCAUUUGAGGGGAGAGGAUCCUGAGAUAUUUCUCCAAUUGCUGCCUUAAUGCUCACUAGCUUUCUGCCAGAUCCCUGGCUCAAGUGCUUUUCCUUCCCUGGAAGGAUGCUUUGCCCCUUUGUAGCUUUGAGAACAGAAGGCUCUGUCUCUUAGAAAUGGGACACUAGUGGUUGUGAGACUGGUCCUGAGAGCCAUUUGUACCAGUUGUUGUAAUACCCAUCACCUCCUGUCUUCCGAGCUGUCCAUGCUGUAGCUACCAGGAAUCCUCCCCCCAUUUCUGGGGAAGAAACAGCCAUUUAUGCUCAGGGUUGAAUUGGAUUUUGCCUUGAUCCUUCGUAGAAGGAAAUGUUUAACCUUCAGAAGAGGCCUCUUAAAAAUGGAUUCCACCCUACAGUGGAGUCCUCCUUUGCUUUGCCCUCCUUGGAUUAGCCUGUCCCUACAGGAAGUCAUUGGGCUACUUUGUCAUUUAUUUUCUUACCUAGCAUGAUCCUAAAUCUUGUGACUUUCUCAGUUUUGUGGAUUCCCCCUUUGUAUGGGUCACUGCUAGUGGUGGUAAAAUUAAAAUACCUGAAUGCUCGAGCAUCGUCAGCUCCCCGCUCUGUGCCAAAAAAAAUGUUCAUGAUAGUGUUAAUAAACUGCAGUAUUUCCCCAAGAAUUCCUUGGGCUGCUGGAACAAACCUUACCAGGGCUGUAUUAUUUUCUUUUUUGGGAGCAAUACCAGUCUGUGGAGAUCCACACAAAUACCAACCAGCCAACCUCUGUUAGGAGCGUAGCUCAACGUGUUGCUUCUAAACAUCCAGAUAAGUCACGUGGGAGGCCCCUUCUCUCCCCUGGACACGUCUGCUUUUGGGGGACACGACACGGUAGGCUUUUGGUUGGCCAAAAAUGACGUGCCUCAGUACUUAGGAAGUCCCAAAUGGAAGAUUACAGUUAAAUUUGUCAGAAUUGAUAUUGUGCAUUUCUACACUGAAGGGUUAUUGGCACUGGCUCCACGUGAGUCUCAUUACUGGGGGAACAGACAACCUUUACACUUCUGUUUUUGGUGCUUUAAAGCUGGUUCUCAGCACUUCUGCUCUGUCUGUGGCAACUAUUGAUGCAUUUUUGGGGGGAGAAAAGCCUUUAUUAUAUUUUAACAAUUUCCUAAUGAGCUGAUGUAUGGUGCCUGGAUACAUGUUCAAAUAAUAAACCAGUAAACCUUUUCUGCUUUGAUGGGUCACACAACACUGCUGAGCUCAUGUAUUAUGAUGCAGGCAUGACUUAUGUUUAUAGUGUUGGUAUUUUUUUAAUCGUUCUAAUUCCAAAUGGUCCAAUAUAGGAAUAGAACGGCUUGUGCCAGUGAGUCCACCUAACUCUUUGUAGUUGUUUCAGCCCUGCCUUCUUCUUAACCAGUAUUAUAUUCCAGUGGUAUCUAAUGAUAUUUGAUUUCAAUACUUCUAGCUAUGCACAAUUAGAAAAUAUUAGUCCUGGGACAGAGGAUAUGUUUAUGGUCCUCCUUCCCUUGGAAAUGUAUACUGUAUUGUAAAGAAAUGAUAUUUUGCAAAAAAACUAAUGUAAGAAGCUUUCAGUAUUAAGGUGAGAUUUGUAGACACUUUUUUUUUAUUUGUUAGAGUACAGUGAAUUGUUCUUUCUCUCCGUGUUCCAGUUUAAUUGGAUAACUGCUCCUCUAGGGGGGUGGGGGGAGGGAAGUACUUUAUCAAACGUGGGCCUGGCUUGUUUUUCUUGUUUUAUUUUUUGUUACUGUAAAUUAUGGUGAGGUUUUUUUGACCAGUCUUUUUACUGGAUUGUAAUAAAACAUCAAUUCUUAAGGUGAUGGAGUAGUUCAUGGGUCCAUGUACUUAUCUGUAGAGAGAACCUUGAUAUAAAGGCAUUUGUUUUUCCUGUUUGGAGGAGUUGUUAAAAUCCAUACCCUUUUUUCCUGAAGUGCCAAUAAAGUUCAGAGAAAUUCA